ACUUCCUUUUUUAAGAGUCUUGUAACUCGACUGGCUGUUUGAUUCAGGCUUCAAAUUUCUCCUCUUUCUACCAUUGAAUUAUCAAAAAGUCACCUUACACUUAGCUGUACAUAAUUUACUUGGGAUUAGUUUGCUUUUUUAUUUUUUUAAAAAAAAUUAAAAUUUGAGGGACUGGGAAUUGAAAGUAUUGUUUGUUUCUUCAAUUAUGAUCACAUUUUCCUUCUGACACAUUUGUCGUGUCUGAAAUUCGUUAGUGUAGUAGUUUAGUGUCGCAUCUUUUGCUUUAGGAGUUUAGCUAGACUCAGGUCAUGUGGUACUUCUAAAAUUAAUGUUAUAUUAUACGCAUAUUGCAUUUGGAUAAUUGUCUUUUCCUUGAUGAAAGUAUCAUAAGCAAUAGCGAUAGUACUGUGUUUCCGGAUGAUAAAAAAAAUGUCUCUUUCACAUCCAAUAUCAUUCGUGAUAAACGGUGUGGUUGACACAGCUGGGCCUAAGCAUUGACUUUAUGUUAUCUCUUUAUAUUAAUUAUAAUAAAAACGACUUGUAGUUGCAACUCUUCCACUUUAGUAAUGUUUAGUUAGGUAAUUGUCUACUUGAGAGAUGCUUUACUAUGCUAUCAUCUUUAGGACUAUGGUUCUGCUGUAAAUGAUUUUUUAUGUUCGCAGUGUUAAACCGUUUACCAGUGUCACUUCUAUUUCCUUUCUAAUUCCAGCAUACAGUAAUCUUUAAAAAAAAAAAUUUAUUGUUAUUAUUAUUAUUUUUAUAAUAUACCUUGUACAAGUUAAUGAACAUAAAAUGCAUUAAAAUAACUUAUGUUAAUAGAUAUACUUCAUCCAAAAGCCAGAGAACCUAAUUAGAUAAAAUGAGUGGAUCAGUUCCAUAAUGAAAUAACUUUGGAAAUUCAUAAACUAGUUUGGGUUCAUCAUGACAUAGUCCCCAGGAGGUGUAAUGGAUUUGUUAGACCUCAGUUCACAUGGCUGAUUCUUUGGCUUGAUGAUUGGCAUUCAGAACGGGCUCUAAGUCCUUAAUUAAUUUGGUAAAAGAAUUGUUUAUGAUGCUACCAGUUCCCCAUUUGCUGAAGUGUCCGGUGUAAACUGAUCUGGAAUGUUUUCAUCCAAAUCUGGCUGGGAAUUGAUUUGUGCUAAAAGUGUUAGAAGUGAGUUGGUGGAGAUUGGUUUGGGAUGCCUAUGCAUUCAUUUGUCUUCUGGUUGGCUAUAAAAUAUAGACUCUUUACUCGAGAUUGACUUGUUGUGUGGGGCUACUCUUGAUCUGCGUCAUGUCUUCUCUGCAAAAAUCAAAUUGAGAGCAGGGAUCAUGUCACAGAAUCUGGUCUCAAGUGCCAGUGGCUUGUAUGCUGCCUAUUAAGAUGUUUAAUUGGUGUGAUAUCAUUCAAUGGGGUGUUAGAUGAUCAGAUAGUUAAGUUCACCACUGUUAAUGAUGUUAGAUGGAGAGUAUACACAUGUAUAAAGUCAGUUUUGUGAGUUAAAAGAGGUGCAGCUCGGGAGUUGCACCUGUAGCAUAUGUUUUUCUAUGUAUGCGGCCUGCCGCUGCUAGUCAGCUGUAUUCCUUACAGGCUUGAGCAGAAUGUUGAGGUUUGCUAUAGCAAUUCAGAGAAUAAAUUGCUAGUUCUUAUGAUUUCUUCACCAAAUCGGAAGGAUCUUGUGUUUCCAAAGGGUGGAUGGGAGGAGGAUGAGAAUAUGCGUGAUGCUGCAUGUCGCGAGGCGUUGGAGGAAGCAGGAGUGAAAGGAAUACUUAGUGAAAACCCACUAGGAUUUUGGGUGUUCAGAAGCAAGAGCAGACAGAACAGCUGCAAUCUGGAAGGAGGUUGUAAAGGCUUUAUGUUUGCAUUAAAGGUGACUGAAGAGCUUGACUCUUGGCCAGAGCAGGCUCUCCAUGAAAGGAAAUGGCUCACAAUAGAGGAAGCAUUCAAAUUCUGCCGUUAUGAUUGGAUGCGGGAUGCUCUUAACAUAUUUUUGACAACUUUCUCAAAGGAAAAGCCAAUUGGGAUGAGAGAAGAAUCAGUGGAGCUACCUAUAAGGCCACUUUCGGAUGCUGGUGAUGAGUGUCAAAUGGCAUCAUCUGGCUGCUUUGGUAAGCCCUCUAGUGUUCAACACCUUCAGAAUUCUUCUAGCAAAUGCAUUGUACAGGGUUAACAAGUUGAAUACAUCUUUGUAGUUGAAUACAAUGGUAAUCAUUUUCGGACUGUCUUGCCUUAGGAUAGGCUUGUACAUUUUUGUUAUUAGAUUAAAUUUGAAGAAAUGAAAACUAAUUUAUUUUUGUUGUA